UAAAGCGCAGCAUCCUCGUGGAAAACAACGCGUCGCCUCCAGUAAAUGCCGAAGAGAAAAGAAAGGCCGACUGAUAUUCCAGACCAGCGCCCUACAUCGAAGUUGCGCAAGAAAGAUUCGACCCGAGAUCGGUCUAAACAUGGUAAAAGGAAAGUUCCUCGCCCGGCGUCAUCUGCUGAACCGCGUCAGCCGCAGAAGAAGCUGAAUGGAGUCUCUUCAAACUGGAAAACGCUCAGUAAGUCCCUGGGCAUCUCCUGUGAAAGAAAACAGAGUAUGAAGAGUUCCAGUGGUGGCAACGGUAGGAAGGGAGCAGAGGGGAAAUCUGGAGGAGGGGGCGGGGCAGAGAAGGAGGUCUGGUUUGAUGAUAUUCCUCUGGAGUGUGUUGAUGGGGACCUGGUGCCCAAACCACCUGAGCAUGAGACUCGCUCUGUGUCACUGGUGGCCGGGAAUGAUAAGAGUGCAGGCAGAUACGUUGCUCUAGACUGUGAGAUGGUUGGAACUGGUCCCGGCGGCUCCUUCAGUAUGGUGGCCUGUGUUUGCCUCGUCAAUCACCACGGCAACGUCCUCCUCGAUACCUUUGUGGCCCCCAUGGACAGAGUGACCGACUACCGCACUGCCAUCAGUGGAGUGUCUGCCAAAGACCUGCGUGGAGCUCCAGAGUUCAAAUCGGUGCAGAAACAGGUCAGUGAUAUCCUCGAAGACAGGAUUCUGGUCGGCCAUUCUCUCCAGAAUGAUCUUAAGGCCCUCCUGCUGUCUCAUCCAAAGAGAAACACACGAGACACAUCAAAGUACAGGCCUUUCAAGAAGAUUGCUCAGGUUUAACAAAUUUUCGGUAUUGGUUAUCAUAACUAAGAAUGGUCUGAAAUAUUCACGGCAUGCAAGGCGAUGCGUACACGUGACAGAUCAUGAAUUUUGCAUGCUGCUGUUGUGUUUACAGACCCGCUACCCGAGUCUCAAGAAGCUGGCAAAGGAGAUACUGGGCCUCGACAUUCAGAGCAGAGAGCACAGCCCAGUGGAGGAUGCUCGAGUGGCAAUGAAGCUGUACCAGCUGCACAGAAAAGACUGGGAGGCUUCUGUCAAGACGAGACUCACCAGGAGGGAGAUUGUCGAGAGAAGGAGGGAGAUGAGGAGAAGGGAAGGGAGUACAGAUGGAGGAAUACAGAAAUUUACGCCAAGUCAAACUCGUGUAUUAGAAAAACCGUUCAAUGUUGUCCUGCAUACGAAAGAUUGA